AGAGACGGUUCCCUGGUUCAACCCACGUUCAACCAGUAAACCGUCUCUCUCUCCACCAGCACCGUAAGCGUCAUGUUUGGCGCAUGAGCAGAAGAUUUCCAGGAUUCUGCAUCCAAAAUCUAGGCUUCACAUUUUGUCAUUUUUUCACCGUUGAAUUAUUCGUCCAUUAUAUACGGUCGACGAUAUUUUCUUUAUAAAUGAUUUUGUUUAAUGACCAUUUUUACUUUUUGUAUCGUCAUGUUGGUUACAAAGGGUUUCAGGGUUUUUUCCAUGUGCUUCUCCAAAUUGCGGUCCUAGCCCAAAAAUGGGGCCUAUAAAAGUUGUUCUACGUAAAAUUUCCCAUCAGAUGACCUAUGAACCAAAAAUUAGAAAUGAUAUUUUAAAAAUAUUCUUAGCUUUUGAUUACCUUCCUCAAAAAUUUUCAAAACUUUUGGUUUACCCCACCCCCUUGGGAUCUCUUUUCAUCUGAGAGCAAAAAUGUCAUCAGAAUUGAAUUUAGGAGGUCAAAAAACAUAUAUUUUGAUACCCCACUCAAAGAUUUUCAAAAUUUUCAGUUUCCCCCCUCGCCCGGGAGCCUUUUUUUCAUCUGAGAGCAAAAAUAUCAUCAGAAUUGAAUUCAGGGAGUCAAAAAACAUAAAUUUUCGAAAUCUUGAGUUUAGCCCCUCCCUUCCUGGAACCCCAUUUCAUCUGAGGGCAAAAGUAUCAUAAAAAUUUGAAUUCAGGAUAAUCUAAGAAUAUGCUUAAGCAUCCUAACCGACAUAAAAUAUUUCGAAAUCGGAUACCUAGAAGGGAAUCGAAAAAUGAUCCCAAAAUACACCACUAUAACAAAAAUUUCAAGCACUGAAACUCAUUUUUCAAUAUUUGUCAAAUUUUUAAAAAUUCAAAGGCACAUUUUUCAUGAAAAAAAAAUUACUUAAUUAAAUUGAACUAAAAAGCUGGAAUUUGGUGUUUGACCUAUUUUCGACCUCCCGAGUCGCUUGGAGUAUAAGGCGUUUGUUUUGAGAGAGAAGUCAUUUAAAAGAAAUCUGAGGGAUUGAAUUUUUUUUUAAAAAGUACAUACCCUACCAUCUGAUUUUUUCACCUUGGAAGGUCUCUAUGCAGGUGGGCAACAUUGUUCGGGGAUUUUCUCGGGAAAAAAUAAACUAGAAGCAGGGCGUGUUUUGUGGGAGUUUUCAGGAAGUAUUUUAUUCUUGGUAAUUCGACCAUUAAGAUGCUCUUUUCAAAAGCCUACAUAUUUUCUUUGGAUAUUCGUAUUCUUUCUUUCUCAAGUUCAUCCGCAAUAUUAUACCUACUCGUAUAUUGUAUCGUAAAAAUAAUUGUUUUAUAAAUCACGAUAGAUUCCAUUUGACUACACGAAGCAAUGUUUUUAUUUAUAUUUUCCGAUAACUUCUUUAGGUAUUUAAAAAUAUUGGACUCGCUCAACGUCAUGUCUUUCUGUCUUCGACACGUAGGUAGAGAUGUGGGUACAUAUUUUUGUUUACUAACAGCUCUGUCCAUCAUAUCAAUAUUUCCUACGUAUUAUAACUAUGUAGGUAUUUAUUAGUACACCAUCUGCUUCACUUUAAACGCUUUUCUUCUUUUCAUUAUCUGAUCUGUUUUCUUGAACCUUUUUGUUUUCAAAAUACACUCUCGUUCCUUUUGUUUCAAUUCUCCCACUCUUGCAACACGCAAAAUACUUCGUUUAAGUAAUUGUCAAUACCAUAGUAAUGAUUCGUUGGUGAAAUAACCAUUCGUGAUUAGUUUUCCAAAUGUUUAGGAGUUUACUAAUUGAAUAUUCGCUUGUUAAUUCAUCGAGUUUGUGAAAUUGGUAUUUUUAUUGAUAUUUGAUACCAAUACAAAAUCUACUCUUGGAGAUGUUUCGAACAGUGACGUUCUUAUUUGUCGUGGGACAGUUCUUAUUCGUUAAAUCGCAGAGUGACAUUACUGAACCAUCUAUUGAAAAAAAGAUUCAAACAGGCAUAUUUAAAAUUAUAAAUACGGAAGUACGAGCAUCUUGGAGUUCAAAUUACCCGCAUGAGAACAUUGUGCUUCGUCCAUUAUCACUGAAAAUAGGCGAGGAAUCGACGAUAAUUAAAAUAUAUGUACUACGAAAAUGAGUGCUACGAGUAUCCUAAAAACAAAGUCUUGAAAGAAUCGUAUACUUUGGGAAAGAUAAUCGAAAAACUGCAACAGACGACGAAUGCCAAGCUAAAAUUUACAAAUGCCAUAUUUUACGAUGAGAGAAACACACCGAAACAGUAUUUAGACGACAUUAAAACCUACUAUAACGCUAAAACCUUCCAAGUCUCGUUCGAUUCGAGUAAUCAAGCCGAAGUUUUCGCCUUAGUCAACAAAUGGUUGAAACAAAAUGUCGAAAUACCAUCGGAAGUUACAGCAGAACCGUUCAAUCUCACUGGAGUGUACAAUUUCCAGAACAUAAUGACGAUUUACUCCAGUUGCUGGAAUAUACCGAAAACGUUGGGAAAUUCUUUCAAAUUGUUGAAAUUUAAGACGCCAGAAGGCAAAAUCAACGCCGAAGCGUUCGACGCGAAGGAAACAGUCGGUUAUUACAACAACUUGGAAAAAAAAUACCAAGCCAUCAGAUUACCUUACAAGAACGGCGAAUUCGCCAUGAUCGUAGUGCUACCUAACGAAGACCAGUCGUUGGAAUCGAUUAUUGGUAAAUUUACAGAAAACGAUUACAGGGAAGUAAUGACACGUGUUAGUGAAAAUCACGAAAAUAUCGACUACGCUAUACCGUUCUUGAAAUUUGAAGGGAUGUUAGUGAAUGAAAAAGGUACUAGUAUAAACCACCAAGGUAAAAUUAUUUGUGACAUGCCCUCGUCGACUCAAGAAGCUGUCGAAAUCAAUUACAAUAAUGAGAUUGAUUAUAAGACUCUGCAUAUUGACAGACCUUUCGCGAUUUUCGUUUAUCACGAAGGGACAAAAUUUAUUCUAUCGUAUGCUUUGGUCAACUUUCCAGGAGAAGGUGCUCGUCUGGUUAGGUACGGAUGUGGUGAGGAUGAUUCAUCAUGUGUGCAAUCAAAUGAAUUCAAAGAAAAUGUGUACGUACUGUCGUACUAAGGCAGUCAGUCAGGGAUGGGUCGUUUUUUACUUAUUUAUUUAUUUAUUUAUUUUUAUUCAUUCAUUUAUUUGUUUUUUUUUUAAAGACGUAGCAAAAUAUCAUGGUCAAAUAACCCCGAGAAAAAUUUCAAAUUUUAAUGACAAUACCUCUCGAAAGUUGAAAAAUUUAUCUGAAAAUUUUCCGUCAGUAUUUAGACCUACGCUGAGAUUUUACAAUUGUUCAAUUUUACGUUAAGAUGCAUUAUUAGGUAUUGUGUAUGUGUAAUAUGAACAUAAUGUCACUUGUACAUACUGUUAUAAGUAGGCUGUGUUUAAUAAAUACAUAUUUUUCAACCGAGGAAAACUGGUACAAUUUUUGAAAGUAAUACGAUGACGUGCUGAGGUAUAACAUAACAUACCUAAUACAUAAUCAUUUGCAGUCCCUUCUUG